AUGCCCACCUCUGGCAAAGCGACUAGAAUCAAACACCUCACCGUCCGAGAAUUUCUCGAACGGCAUCAGAAAACGCUCCAGCUUACCACCAUCACUGCUGACACAGGGAUGGAACGUAAAAUUAAAGAGCCUACCUUAAACCGCCCAGGUCUCGCCCUCGCUGGAUUUUUUACCUACUUUGCCAAGAAACGCAUCCAAGUCCUCGGCAAUGCAGAAAUUUCCUACUUAAAAAAACUCAGCUUCUCAGAACGCAUCUCACGAUUCGAAAAACUCUGCCAGCAAGACUUCCCUUGCCUUGUCCUCUCUCGUGGACACACCCUCAACGCUGAUCUUCUUAAAGUCGUUGAAAAACACCAAAUCGCGGUCCUCACCACCCCCUUCAUCACUUGGGAUUUCCUCAACAAAGCCACCAUCGAUCUAGAAAAAGACUUCGCCUCAAAAACAACUUUGCACGGAUGCAUGAUCGAUUACCGAGGAGUCGGCGUGCUCAUCAUGGGACCAAGCGGGUCCGGGAAAAGUGAAACUGCGAUCGGUCUCCUUGAAAAAGGAGGCGCCCUCGUGGCCGAUGACAUCGCCAUCGUCACACAAGUCGGCGGCGAACUCAUCGCCAGCUGUAAAGACCUCACCAAAGGCUACCUCGAAAUGCGGGGCAUCGGCAUCAUCAACGUCGCCAACCUUUACGGACUAUCCUCCAUUCGCCCCUCUAAACGUUUAGAUCUCGUCGUCAACCUCCGCCCUCUUAGCGAUCUAAAUAAAGUCGAUCGUCUCGGCAUCCAGCGGAAAACAUAUACCAUUCUCGAUAGCUCCGUCCCGCUCGUCGAUAUCCCCAUCGCUCCCGGUCGCGACACCGCCAGACUCAUCGCCGUCGCUGCCCUCGAGCACCAGCUCCGCCACCUCGGCUUCGACAUGGCCGAUGAAUUCAAUAAACGAUUACUCGAAAAAAUGAAUGGCCCUAAUCCAUGA